AUGAUUUGCUCUCUUUUUCGCCAUUGUUACCGUUCCAAAACCGCGGCGGAUGAAGAAGAAUCAUGGACGAUUGAUCAGUCAUCGUUAGUUACUUACUCAGAGCGAAACACAUAUGGAGAUUCCAAACGGUGGCGACCGUCGUUGUAUCCCAUUUUUGAGAACGACGGCGAGAGUGAUCACUUAACGGCGAAGGUCUUAUUCUCAUGUGAGAAAUCAAAGGCCAAGAAAAGGAAGUCUUUCAGAUACAAAUUCAAGAGAGCCUGUUACUAA